GACCAGAAAAUAAAAGAAAAAAGGAACAGACGGAUAAAGUGGAGGUCGCUGCAAUGGCUGCAUUUUCUGCAACGUUGAAUGGCUUAUCGUGUUUUCGUUAUUUACCUAAAAUGGAAGUGAAAGUUGAGAAGAAAUGGCGGUUGGGUUGUGCUGUAAGGUCGCAGCGUAGUUCGAGUUCAGGGGAUUCAGGACGGAGUCAUAGGCGAGUGUGGAGGAGGAGGAAAUUGGCCAAGAAAGAUGAUAUGUUGGACUACAGGAUGGAAAGAAUUCCAUUUCUCGAGGAACAGGUGAGGAAGAUAAGGGAGACGGGGGAGCUCCUGACCAUGGACAUCGAGAGGUUGCUGUUAUCAGAAGAUAAUAGGUUUGGUUUUGUGAAUGAAGUGGCUGCAGAGGCAAAGCAGUAUGUCGAAAGCAACCGUGAUGAGUAUGGUGCAAAAAAGGCAAUCUUUCAUGUCCUCAGCAAUCGUAUGAAUGAUUCUGGAUUUUAUCGCCCUGAGGCAUACAUUGAAGAUGAUCCUUUCAAGCCGGGUCCUGGAUACCUGAGACAACAGCUCUACGACGUCUGAUCUAACCAGAAGGAUACUACUUUCUUGUUUCGUUACAUUCAGGUCAGUACCUGGGGACUAGCCAUGGUCAGUCGAAUUAUUCUCAUCAAAGUUUGCAAGUGCAAUUGAAGAAGAUCACCAUGUUGUGUUGCAACACUAGUCGUUCUUUGCUCCGCUUUUGGCUUGGGAGAGAUUAGAGUAUAAUAUACAAUUAUGGUUUUUGCCUGAGCAUAUUGUAUUGUAAUAAACCCUCAUUUCAUGUUCUUGGAUGCGCCUAUGUUGUAUAGAUUCAAGAAUUCACCCAUAGAGACACACGCCUCUUGAGAUCUGAAAUCAAUUUCCAGUGCUCUUGGCCUGGAAUGUUAUUAUAUUCGACUUUCUGCUGCCAAUUUGGUGAUUA